GGUCCCCAUCCUCUGUCCAGGAGAAUGUGACGCGCAACAGGGCCCCGGCGUCUAGACCACAGCGCGUGGCCUCGGCCAGACGGGCAGUGUCGUCGGGAAGAUGUCCAGAGACGCGGCUGACCCGAAGGCGGACUCCAGGGAACAGGCCAAAGGGCCGGAUUCUGCAGAGGAGGAACCGCCGGCCGCGCUGCCUCAUGGCCAGGGCUUGGGCCCGGACGACAACGCAGCGAGGAGCCUGCGGCCAGAGCCCGUGCCCCGCGCCCCCGUGCCCGCCAUGGCCCCCGAGCCGCCGGCGCCCCCCGGGCAGCGGGCACAGGACAUGGGCCAUUCGCUGGCGGGCCGCGCGCGCAGGCUGCUGUUGCAGUUCGGAAUGCUCUUCUGCAGCGUGCUGCUGCUGCUCUGGGUGUCCGUGUUCCUCUACGGCUCCUUCUACUUCUCCUACAUGCCAACCGUCAGUCACCUCAGCCCCGUGCACUUCUAUUACAGGACUGACUGUGACCCCUCCAUCACCUCCCUGUGCUCCUUCCCUGUCGCCAAUGUCUCGCUGACUAAGAGUGGCCGUGAUCGGGUGCUGAUGUAUGGACAGCCCUACCGCAUCACCCUGGAGCUCGAGCUACCUGAGUCCCCUGUGAACCAGGACCUGGGCAUGUUCUUGGUCACGGUUUCCUGCUAUACCAGAGGUGGCCGCAUCAUCUCCACCUCCUCCCGCUCCGUGAUGCUGCACUACCGCUCUUACCUGCUGCAGACGCUGGACACGAUCGUCUUUUCCAGCCUCCUGCUGUUCGGCUUUGCAGAGCAGAAGCAGCUACUGGAGGUGGAGCUGUAUGCAGACUACAGGGAGAACUCGUACGUGCCCACGACUGGCGCCAUCAUCGAGAUCCACAGCAGGCGCAUCCAGCUGUAUGGGGCCUACCUGCGCAUCCACGCCCACUUCUCAGGGCUCAGGUACCUGAUGUACAACUUCCCUAUGACCUGCGCCUUCGUGGGUGUUGCCAGCAACUUCACCUUCCUGAGCGUGGUCCUGGUCUUCAGCUACAUGCAGUGGGCGUGGGGAGGCAUCUGGCCCCGGACCCGCUCCUCUGUGCAGGUUAACAAGCGGAGGAGAGACAGUGCCCGGCCGGAGCCGCAAGGGAACGUGCAGCAGCCAGGGCGCCAGGGCCAGGAGGAGGCCAGAAGAUGGUGGGACCCCGGAGGAGCCCACAGGGACAGAGGUGCAGCUGUCAGAAGAGGAGAAGCCGGAGAAGCCAGAUCUGCAGCCCGAGGGCAGGGGUGAGGAGCUGGAGCCCGAGGCCAGUGAUGGCUCAGGCUCCUGGGAAGAUGCGGCCCUGCUUGCUGAGGCCAACCUGCCUGCCCCAGCUUCCACCUCCACCUCGGCCCCUGAGACUCUGGGCCGCCCUGAGCCCUCCGAGGGGCCCCUACGCCAGCGCCUCACCUGCUCCAGCUCCUGAAGGACCCUGUCCUCGCACGCCAGCCCCUCCUCCUCUCCCUCUCCUGCUUCGCCCCAAUAAACUAUUUUGUGCCAGCUG